AUUGUCGGGUACCGUUCUUUCCAGUGCUUCUCAUGCUCUAGCAGAGGUCAAACAAAUGAGGUUAUUGGCCCCAUGAGUACUAUACGCUGGCAUGUCCUUUGCUGAUGGUAACUCAAUAUGUUUCAGCAAUCAGGCCAUGUCCCAACCUGAUGUGAAUUUGCCUGACUGGUCAAAACUGUCGGGUGUUGUUGUCUCCUGUGCGUCUGAUGCUCUAGCAGAGGUCAAACAACUAAGCAAUCAAGUGUCCAAGAAAGAUAUACACCUGCCAAACAUAGACUGGCCGACAGUAUCGGGCAAUAUCCUCUCUCAUACGUCUGAUGCUCUGACAGAGGCUAAACAAUUAGUUCAUCAGGUUUCCAUGUAUCGCUACUGGAGCUCUGACAUGCCAAUGUUUCAGCAAUACCAGAAGAUGGUGCGGCGACUCAUAGAUAUGAAAUCAUACCUUUUCGGCAUCCACUCGAUCAAAGUGUGGGGGACUAUUCUCUCGGGUGCUUCCAAAUUGCGGGACAAUAUUCUUUCGGGCGCCUCAAAUUUGUGGGGUAUCAUUCCCUCGGGCGCUUUUAGCUUGUGGAGGAUCAUUCUCUGGGGCCCUUCUAAAUUAUGGGGCGCUAUAAUCUGGGGGCCUUCCAAAAUUUUGGGCGCUGUUCUCUCGGCCACUUCCAAAUUGCAGGGCACUGCUAGAAUUACCUUGAGCACUUCGGAUUCCAAUUCAAGCACUGCCCUCUCCUGUGUUUCACAUGCUCUGAUAGGAAUCAAUAUCUGGUGCAUCCAUAUAUCGCAUCUGCAGUUUUGCUAUUCAUCUCCGAAUAUCCUGAUAUCCUUUUAGAACCAUUGGGAUUGACAGAAAAACCUGCACCGUACACUCGGACCUCGACUGUUCCCCUGAAUAGUGGUUGCGACGAGACUGCGGUCACGAAUGAAUGCGGGAAUGUGGAUGCACGCAAAGCUG